AGUUGGAUUCAGAGGAACUUAUCAGAAGAAAAUUCUUAUAAUUGGAGCCGGAUGCUUGAAGUUCUAAGUUUUCUUGGUAAGAUGGGUUGCAGCGACAGACAGCUGGGUGAAUUAAUUGGCCAGCACCCAGAUAUUUUAUUUGAGGCUUCAGGGGAAAGGACAUUUUCAAUAAUUGGGUUCUUGCUGAAGUUUGGAUCCAGAAUGAGCCAGGUAUAUUCACUGUUUCUGCAGUUUCCCCGAAUUCAAGUUAUGAAAUUUGGUUUGAAUUUGAGGAAAUGUUUUUUUUUCCUGAAUGAGAUCGGAAUGAAGGUUCCAGGGAUUGGGAAGAUCAUCCGUUCUCACCCCCUGCUACUGGGUUCAUGUGCUUUGAAGAAAACUAACACCUUACUUCUUCACUUGAACAUUGGGAAGAAGAGCUUGUGUAGAUACAUCCAGGAGAACCCGCAAGAAUUGAAGCACUGGGUUUUGGGUAGAAGACUUAGGCCAUUAGACUGGGGAAACAACCUUAGAUCAAAGACAGAGAAGGCUAAAUUCUUGUUAGACAUAGGAUUCGUAGAGAACUCAAACAAAAUGAAAGAAGCUCUAAAUGAAUUUCAAGGCAACGGAUGGGAGCUUCAGGAAAGAUUUGAUUGUAUUGUGGAAGCUGGUUUCGAUCAUGAGGAAGUCUGCCAAAUGGUUAAAGUAUCACCGCGAAUUCUUAGCCAGUCAAAGGAUGUUAUUGAAAUGAAGAUUGAUUUUCUUGUAAAUCAUUUGUGUUAUCCCUUAUCAACUUUACUCAUCUUCCCAAAAUAUCUUACCUAUGGAACUAAAAGGGUCCAGCAUAGGGUACUUAUGUACAAUUGGCUCAAAGAUCAUGGAACAGAUCCUACGUAUGCCUUGAGCACUGUUGUUUCUUGCUCAGAUGUAUAUUUUCUGAGGAAGUUUGUUAAUCAUCAUCCUAGUGGUCCUCAAGUUUGGGAGGAUUUGAAGAGUAAAAUUUAUUCAAAGCAAUAAAAUGUUCAUUGAUUCUCCUGAA